AUGGACAACGAAGUGAAGGAAGAACUGGUAAGACGACAAAAAACAGCGUGGGCGGCAUUCGGCCCCCCUAGAAGAAGUCACCAAUCACCUGACUGAUCCGGAAAUUCGCGCUGAUCUGUACAAUUCCACAGUUCUCCCUGCGCUUUCCUACGCAGCACUGAGCGAUGUCUUCGGAGGUUCGACCGGCUCACUCAAUAUCGAGUUCGACUUCGUAGAUAUCCACAGAAAGUCUUUCCCUCGUGAUCUAGUGCAGUAA